GUGCUGAAGAGGACAUUGUAACAGAUUCUCUCUGCUACCUAAGCACUAUGGAAUUGCAGGAUGUGUCUACCACUUUGAAUAUAAGUGAUAUUGUUGAUACAGCUGUCUCAUCGUGUAGCACGACACAACAUCAGCUCCCUGAUAUUAGAAAUAACUAUUUUGACGUUCAGAAAGACACUUCAAUUGCAGAUUGUGACUUAAGUUUUGAUGACCCCAACGAUCUUGAUUAUAUUCCAUCAAUUAACAGCAGCUUGAUUGUUCAAUCUUCACUUUUACGUGACCAGCAGCAGAUAUUAGAUGUGGAAAUAAAUCACCAGCUACUAGAAGUGGAAAUAAACCAGCAGCCACCAGAAGUGGAAGUAAUCCAGCAGCCACCAGAAGUGGAAGUAAUCCAGCAGCCACCAGAAGUGGAAGUAAACCAACAAGGUCCGGAACCUCCUGAAGAACAGCCCGUUGUAAGAAACAGAGUGAGAAAGUUAGAAGAUGAAGUUUUUGAAGACAUAGAAGAAAUAUAUGAAAGGGAAAUUGAAGACAAUGGGGAAACUAAAGUAGUCACUGAUAAACGUAUUAUUAGAGUAAGAAAGUCAGAGAAUAGACCAAGAGAACAGACGAUACAGUUUGAGGAAGAAUACCUAGAAGAAGUGGAUGAAAAUGGAGAGAUAACAACAGUUACGAAGAAGAGACCUGUGAAAGUCCUUAAAAGAGUUUUAAGCAAACUGGUUGUUGGAAGUUUUGUAGAACAAGAGGAGGAAAUUGAAGAAGAAGAAAUAGAUGAAUCUGGGAUACCCAAAAUUGUGAAGAAGAUCGUUAUUGUGCGGAUUCCAAAAGGAGAUGUCAUAGAAUCUAAAGAGAGCUUUGAAGAAGUGGAAGAAGAGUAUGAAGAAGAAGAAGAAGAUGAGAGUGGUGAAAAAAUUAAGGUAAUAAAGAGCAGAACAGUGAAAGUCCUGAAGAAGAAAGCUGAAACUGAUCAAGUGCCAACAGAGGAAGGUGCUGAAGAAGGUCCUGAAAGAAUCAGUAGUGAAGGAAAAUCUGAAGAGGGUUCUGAAGAAUCAGAAGAAGAGGAAGUUGAAAAAUCUGAUGAGGACCUUAAAGAAGGAGAAACAGAGGAAGAAAGGCAAGAGAGGAAAAUGAAAAAAAUGAAAGAAGGCGAGGGAGAGGAACAUGUGGAAGGAGAGAAGAAGAAACGAAAAAGACGGAAAAAGAAACAGACUGAGGAGAAAGAGAAGGAGCCAGAGGAGGAGGUUGAAGUAAGUGAAGGCAAGAGAUCGGUAGAAGAGGUGGAGGGAGAAAGGAGAGAAUCAGAAGAAGAAAAGAGAAAGUCCGAAGACAAGGAGGAAGAGGAGACUGAGGAGGCUGUGGAAGAGAAGGAAGAAGAGAAACCAACAGAGGAAUUAGGAGAAGAAGGAGGAAAGGAAGAAGAAGGAAAAGAAGGACACGCUGCAAAGGUUUCUCUAAGUUCAGAAGAACUCAGGAUGAUCGAAGAGAGGGCGGAGAUCGAAAAACAAUAUGAGACUUUAGUAAAACUUCGUAUCGAGAAAAUGGGUGUAAAAAAGAAAGCAUUCUUCCUUAAUAACAAACUGAUGCACUAUUUUAAGAAACAGAAGAUGGAUCAUGUUUUCACGGAUGCUAAAGAAGACCCAGACAUGGAACAGAGAUAUCACAAAAAAUUGAUGUUGUACUAUGAAAGUAGCAAACAGAUGAAUGAAGAGAAGCAAAGGAUCAAUACAGAGUGGGAGAGGCAGAGGUCUGUAAACGGAGACUUGGAUGCCAAAGUGAAGAGUGGAUGGGAAGAGUUGGUCAACCACAAGAAGGAGAUAGCUGCCAGGUUGAUAGAUGCCAGAACUGGUCGAACUGUGCAGCAAGAUAAGACCCUGGAGGACCUGCUAUUAAGACAGGAGAACCAGUGGAGACAGAUUGCUGAGUGCAAACUAGCACAGAUCAAGUUGAAGCGUAAAAUUGACGCUAAGAAAGAGGAAAGGAAGAUGGACCACAUGGGGAUGGACUUCAACUUGAUGGAUUAUGAAAAGCUGUCCAGUCUCAAAGAGUAUUACACUGAUAAAAUAACUGAGAGGAACAUUGAGAUCACAGAAGUGAACCAGAAGAUGGCAGUCAUGGAUGAUAAGCUGAACAAUGUGAGAGAACAGCUGAAACACAAAGAGGCUGAGAUGGAACGGGAACAGAUGAGGCUGGAGAGGAUCUCAUGUGAACUGAAUAAGAAACGGGCUAAUUUAACCAGGGUAAAGGCGACAAAGCAUGCAACAGAGAGAAACACUGCGAAGAUUAAACAGCAGUCUGGGUUGCUGGCGUACCCCACGCUACUUAAAGACUAUGAGGCCAAGAGUCAGGAAAUACGGGAGCUGACUUUGCAGACAGAGCAGCUCAGGCAUAACUUCAGGGAAGGAGUCAUCCGGAUACGUAAACUUCGGGAAAUCAUCAAGAAGAGAACCAAAGGAAAUUUCUCCUUAGCAUCUUCUUCCGAUUGUGGCACAAGUUAAAUGGGUUUUGGAAGAGAUUUGGAAAUUAAUAGUGUUGAAACACACCUUUAAUCGAUUUUUCAAUUUUAACGGUGUUUAUAUAACUCACAAUAUUUCAGUAAAUAUUAUCCAGAUAUUUAGUAUAAUAAUUGUGUUUGAUAUGGAAAUGUAUUAGCAGUAUAUUUUAAUAUAUGAUCAAGAAAAUUAAAUUGUAUAGAAAAAUAGUCUUAAAAAAACAAGCUUAUCUGCAUAAAAAAAAUAAAUAAAAACUCAUUAAUCUUUCAAAACUGUGAAUCUUUAGGAAAAUAAAAAAUUUGUAUAAAGAGAAUACUGAUACUAUGUAAAUUACAUGUUUAUAUUUAACUACAA